AUGGAGAAGAGCGACCACUACGAUGAGCUGUCGAAAGCAGAUGCCGACGUUGCCAAGGUAGAGAACCUCGAGGAGAACCCAAUCGUGGAUGUCAAUGGCGCCGAUAUCUCAUACGGAAAGAAUGGCAUUCCGGGACUUAUUGGAUCACCUUACGUCUUUGGUGCAGCUUGCCUGGCGUCACUAGGUGGCUUUUCCUUUGGCUACGACCAAGGAGUCAUCUCCAUCAUCAACGUAAUGCCACAAUUCCACGCCGUAUUCCCUAAGACAGAGACUCCGUUCGGCAAAAGUUUCAUGACUGGCAUGCUGGAACUCGGUGCCUUUAUUGGAUGUCUCUUCAUGCCGGCGCUAGCCGAUAGGAUUUCUCGCAAGUGGGCCUUGACCGUCGCCGUCGUCAUUUUCAACAUCGGUGCUAUCAUGCAGACGGCUGCUCCAAAUUACGGGGUGUUAGUUGCUGGGAGAACUAUUGGUGGCAUUGGUGUGGGAACACUAGCAAUGGGCGCACCCAUCUACAUAUCAGAACUCUCUCCACCGAAUCUUCGAGGUACACUGUUAGUGUUGGAAUCAAUCUGUAUCGUAUCCGGCGUCGUCAUCUCCUUCUAUACCACAUACGGCACGCGUCAUAUCGCCAGCGAGGCAUCUUUUCGACUCCCUUUUGGCCUACAGAUGGUCAGCGCUACAUUCCUCGGCGUCGGACUUCUUUUCUACCCGUUUUCUCCUCGAUGGCUUGCCCUCGUUGGUCGUAAAGAAGAAUGCCUACAAAGCCUAAGGCGCCUCCGGGGCCUUCCUGAGACGGAUCCUCGCGUGCAGGCUGAGUUCAAUGCUAUUCUCACUGAGGUAGAGGUCGAGAAGUCGCUGCAGGAGAAGCACCACCCAGGGGUUUCUGGUUUCAAGCUGGAGAUACUCGGCUGGCUGGACCUACUCAAGAAGAAGACAUGGCGCCGCACAGCCGUGGCUGUUGGAGCCACCUUCUUCCAGCAGUUUUCUGGGGUCAAUGGCUUCAUUUACUACGCCCCCACUUUGUUCGCCUCUCUUGGUCAAGAUCCGGAGAUGGCGCUUACUAUGUCUGGCAUCUUCAACAUCCUGCAGCUAGUAGGUGUAGCUCUCUGCUUCGUCAUCAUCGACCACGUCGGCCGCAGACCCUUGGCUAUCUUUGGUGCUCUUGGCGGCGCCAUCACCUGGGGGAUCAUGGCGGUGUUGACUGGACUCUACUCGGAUGACUGGUCUGCCAACACUUCGGCAGGAUGGGCAGCCGUGGCUAUGGCGUUUAUAUUCAUUCUGGUCUUUGGAAUGUCCUACUCUUGUCUUGGUUGGGUCUUGCCAGCGGAGGUGUAUACGGGUAGCUCUCGAGCUAAGGGUGUCGCCCUCGCGGUGUGUGUAAACUGGCUCUGCAACUUUACUGUUGGUGUCGCUACUCCACCUAUGCUCGAGAGCAUCGGGUUUGGCAUGUAUGUUUUCUAUGGGUCUAUGUGCUUUCUAGCGUCUAUAUGGGCAUACUUUCUGGUUCCCGAGACGAUGGGCAAGACUUUGGAGCAGAUGGACUUUGUCUUUGGGGAUGGUGCCGCCCAAGAAGAGAGGGAAAUUCUUGAGACCCGCGUGCGCCGAGGAGUCGGGGCUGAUCACGGGAUAGUGUAA